AAAAUGGCGACGGAAGCUUAUUAGCCUAUACGGCCUUGUGAUUGUGAAAUCAAGAAAACAAAAAGGUAUUGAUUACAUAAUUACACUGCUGUGAAUUUUUCGAACAAAAUUUUAUAGCAUAAAAAUUGCGUGUGUGUGGUUCGCAGAACGUUGCUGUUUUCCGCGGUGCUUUUCAAUGAAUAUUUCAAUUUUGUUGUGGAUGGUUGAAAUAUUCUUUUGAUUGUUACCGUGAGGAAACAAGACAGCAGAUUACGUGUGCAGACAGUGGGGUCAAUUAGCCGCCUAAAUAUAUGGCCGAAGAGGAAACAAAAAUAACCAACCCGAAGGAAGAUAACGAAAUACAGAACAGUGAAACACCCAUCACCCUCAGUUGCCCUUUUUCAAACAAGUUACAAAAUGGUUACAUCAAAGCAGCACAAGAUGAUGGAGAUGACAACUAUGAUUCCGACAAUUCAAUCGAGUACGACUCUGAUGUGCCCCAGGAUGAGAUCGAUCAGAUGCUGGAAGAGGCCCUGGCCAGGAAGAAGCGGAAAGCAGCUGAAGCAGGGCUUGAUGAGGAUGAAACUAUACCAUUUGAGGAAAAGACGAAAAUCGUACUCAUAGAGAAAGGCCAGAAUCAUUUUGACGUACUACCCGAAGGCUGGAUUCAACUGACGCAUAACAGCGGAAUGCCUCUAUACCUCCACAAAACCACCAGGGUGUGUACCCUUUCCAGGCCGUACUUCUUGGGACCAGGCUCUGCCAGGAAACAUCAGAUCCCUCUCAGCGCGAUACCAUGUCUUAGCUACAGAAAAGCAUUGAAGCAGGAGAAUGAGAAACCGGAAGAGACUACCUCCACAAUUGUUGGUGCAAACGGAAACGAACAAGCCAUCCCGAACGCGAGGAUUGAAACGGUGCAGGACAAUCUCCAGAUGCAGAACCUGAGCCCUGAAGAUGUCAGACAGUAUUGCGAGUCACUAUUCAAGUUCCAAGCGCUCAAGGUGCUGCGUUUCAAAUCGUGGUCGGAGAGAAGGAAAUAUUCGAAGAAGCGGAAACAGGAGAAGCAACUUCAUAGGCCGACUUUACCGGAUGGUACCAAGCUGAUAACGUUCCCGAUCCGAAGCACCGACGGUUCGGAACCGACGAGCAGCAAAAAGGAGUUCAUAAUGAACCCGAACGGAAAGUCGUACGUGUGCAUCCUGCACGAGUACGUUCAGCAUGCUCUUAAGAAACAACCUACGUAUCAAUUUACGGAGUUGGAAAACGCGGCCACGCCGUAUGCGGCUACAGUCAUCAUACAAGACAUGAAGUAUGGCACGGGAUAUGGAACCAGCAAGAAACAAGCAAAAUCGGAGGCAGCACGAGUUACCUUGGAGAUUCUCAUUCCAGAGAUGAAGGCCAAGAUCACAAAUGAUAAUGAGGGUGAAGCAAUUCGUAAACAGAAAGACCAAGACCUGUCGUUCUUCGACGAGAUCCGCGUAGAGGAUCCUAGAGUGGCAGAAUUCUGCGCGAAAACUACAGAACCGUCUCCGUACGACAUCCUUCUUACAUGUUUGCAGCGAAACUUCGGCUUGGACGAUCUGCAAAUCAGCUACCAAGGAAAUAACGCUGGACAUCAGGGUAACGAAUUCACGAUGGUGGUGGGCAAACAUAAAGCUACAGUCCAGUGCAAAAAUAAAAGAGAUGGUAAACAGAGGGCGUCUCAGGCCAUUUUACAAGCAUUGCAUCCUAGUAUUACCUCUUGGGGAUCAUUACUAAGACUCUACGGAAAUCGGUCAAUCAAAGGGUUCAAAGAGAAAAAAAUGGAAGAGCAGGAAAUCACCUCUUUGCAAAGCAAGGCUGCUGUGAAUCAGCCUAACUAUGCCAUAUUGAACAAGUUGUUCGUAGAAUUGGGUAAGCUUAAAGAAAAAAAGGCUGAGCGAACCGCCGCUGGACUGAACCAGACUAUGACUGUUCCAAAGACAAAUCUGAAAAACGUCGACUUAUGAUUCAUGUUAGGUUUAGGUGUAACAUUGAACAUAGAAAUCAAAUACAUUAUUUAUCAUGAUACUUCAACACAUUUAAGUGCCCAUUGUAUUAAUUUUGUACUGUUGGUCAUGAUCUGUUGAAAUUAUAAUAUGUCUUAGUUAUCUUAAAAAAUAUGAUUAGCGGCUAUAUCGAUUGGUCCUUUAUGAACUUUCUAAAGUACACUACUGGCCAGAAAAACAUUUUUCGGUGAUUUUUGACAGGCUGUAUUUCGGUAAAAAAUGGUCGUAUUUAGACUUUAAAAAAGGCAUUUCGGAGUUUCAAGAUUCUUGUUUUCAGGUUCAAUAGCCUAAACAGUUUAGGAGCAACGGUUCUCAUGCAGUUCUAACAGAUAGCGCAAGGAUUUUCUUUUGCAAAAUGUUUGCCUCUCUUUUGUCCACGGUUUUUUUUUGUUAAGCCAUCAUAUGAAUCAGAAAACUAGAAUCUUAAAGCCUCAAAAUGCAUUUUUUAAGUCUACAUACGACCAUUUUUCACCGGAAUACAACCUGUCAAAGAUUACCGAAAAAUUUGGAUUUUUCUUGCUCCAUUAAUUUUUUUGAGUAGUGUGCUUUAUGGAAAACAAGUCACAUAAGAACGCCUGCAACGCUGGGAAGCCCAUACAACAACAGCCCAGUUAUCUAUUGUCAUGUUUUGAUGUGUUGAGGUAUCGUUAAAAAAUAGUGUAAAAUAGCGCUUAUAGAUGGACCAGAAAAAAAAGGUUGAUGUUGAACUAGGAGCGGUUGAAGACAGUCAUUGAUUAUAGUUAUUAAAUGUCCUAAGUAAGGAGUAUCCUGGUGACAAAAUAUACAGAUUACUAGAAGCAAAGUUAACUGGUAGGGGAUCGCCACAAGUACACAAAUACAAGCGUUAACACAAAAGAAACGGCAACAAAUCCAGUUGCCUUCGCUGGUCGGUUUGCAGUUGCCCACCUGUUGAUGAAACAUGUAUGGGCAUGUCAUUGUGACAUGUCAGCUAAGGCUGAAUAUUGGUGAUAGGAUAAAGGUAUUUCUGCAUAGUUUCUGUGUAAUGAAGUGAUUAAUUUGGAGCAGCAUUGUUGAAAACCUUCAAAAAGAGAUACAGCAACAAGUGGGUCAAGGAAUAAUGAUCAUCAGACUCAAAAAAUAUGUUUGCAUACAGGGUGUUACUCUACGAAGAUCCGAUUAUAUCACAUAUAUUUGUCGUGGGAGUUUUUGGUAAGCUGUUGAUUGAUUGAUCUGACUAGAUUUUAUUUGUAAAAUAGGUUGCUUAUGCGAUUUUGUUUCACUCUGUUGUAAAAACCAGUGGCGUAUUAGGGGGGUGUCCUGAGGGGCCGGACCCAUCAGUGUUUAAAAAAAUUCGCCACGUGUUUUUCAAUUUGCAGACGACCUCCCCCCCCCGCUAUUUAUUUUUAAAUCGCCGAUACCCUCGAAACGAGCAUCUUCCAGGUCAUAAAUCCUGAGCCCCAACCCCCCAAAUUCAUCAGAUGCACCCUCGGCAAAUAUAUUUUCUAUAUCCGCUCCUGGUAAAACUGAAUGCAUGAAGUAAACAAGUAAAACCUAAACCCUAUUUACGAGUAUCUAUUACGUUAAGCACACAUAAAAAAUAUUAGAAUUAUUAUGGAAUUUAUUGAUUACGAGGUAAGUCAAUAAUAGCACAGACUGGGUUGUUCUUUCCAGUAGCUGUAAUUUUACAUGUUGAAAUAUAAUAUAGAUACGUGUUUCUGGUUAAUUUUCUGUCAUCAGUGUAACUUAAUUCAAAUAUGGCUGUUUCAUUGCCUUUUAAAACCAAGUGUUUCAGGUUCUAAAAAGUAGAGAUGAUUAACAAAGUCAAAAACUGUUCAUAUUAUUUUAUUCCUACCUCACUUGGAAUGUAGUGAUGAUCAUUAGCAACCAUUUUGGUUGCAGUGUUUUUUUUUGUAAGCGAAGAUACUUUUCUAAAUAAAGGAGUUGUUACAGAAUGAUUCAGUAUAGUACAGUAGUACAACAAAAUACUGCUCUGUCUAGCUGGCGUUGACGGAUCCGCCAAAAUUGUUUGUCACUUGUCGAAUAUGGGGAAUUUAUUACUUUUUUUCUAUUUGAAAAAUCAACACGCUUUUUACGAGGUGAAAACGAAUUUUUUUUAUUGAUAAAUGAAGGUUGGUUUAUGUCAUUUAUGUAUGAAAAAUAAUAUCAGUCAUGU